UUUUUAACUUUUUAUGUUUUAGAUUUUAUGUAACUGUAAGCUGCCCUGAGUUCCCUAUGGUAACAUGGGUGCCAAUAAAUUUUAUAAAUAAUACUAAUAGUGGAUCACCUUAUCAGUGUCUGCAGCAAAAUCUCACAGACUGAUUAUGUACAACAUUAUAUAACUGAGUUGCCAAAAUCAUAUAUUGGAAGCUUUACAAUUUAUUGGCUAUAACUGGGAUUAAUGUGGUUCUUUUUGGAUACAGAAGUUCAUUCCUGAGUUAAUUUUUUCUUAGGGGAUCUAGUUUUGGCUUCAUCUUUGCCUUUGAUUAAUGAGACAUCUUCCAGGGAUAUUUUUACUGCUUAGUAAUGAAAUCUGAUCUCAACUCUCAUUUUUUUCCUGUAUCCCCAAGCCUGUGUGCAUCCAAUUUAUAUUUUUUUUCAACCUGGGUCUACAUAUUUACAUAAAUGAAUGGUUCACUACACUCAAGUUGGAAAACCCUGCUUAGUCGAAUAUAAUUUACUCUUCCGUUCAGAACCCGAAGACAGGAAUCGUUCUAGACCGGAACUGAAGACUUACCUGUUCUGGACAAAUGGAGAUCUUUGAGAAAUCUUAUCAGGAGCGUAAAGACAGACUGUCUAAGGACAAUACCACCAACUGUGGGAAACAGACAAAUAACAGUCAGAUUCGAGAAACCGAUAGACCCUCCAAGCGGCUUCGAAGGAAAAGGAAGCUGCUUUUAGACUCUGAAGAAGAAGAAGAAAAUGGAGACGAGGAGGAGGAAAAGAAUAAAUUGAAUCCAAAAAACCGCAAGAAUGCAAAAUCAGUGAAGCAAGCUAUUCCUGCAAAGAAGAAUGUUUGGAACUGGAUGACAUACUUAGAAGAAGAACGAAUGCCAGCUGCUCCCUUGAAACUUUUCAAAGAGUCUCAGUCCUUUCCACAAAACAAAAAUGGAUUUAAAGUUGGAAUGAAGCUUGAAGGACUGGAUCCUGAACAUCCAUCUUUAUUUUGUGUUCUUUCUGUUGCUGAGGUGCAGGGGUACCGAAUGCGAUUACAUUUUGAUGGUUAUUCAGAGUUUUACGACUUCUGGGUUAAUGCUGAUUCAACAGAUAUCCAUCCUGUUGGCUGGUGUGAAAAAACAGGUCACAAGCUGCUCCCUCCUAAAGGUAGAGGUUACAAAGAUGGGGAAUUUAACUGGGCUUCAUAUUUGAAGACCUGCAAAUCUCAGGCUGCCCCCAAAAAUCUUUUCAAGGUCCUAAGCACACCAGUCACGCCUUCUGGUUUUCGGGUGGGCAUGAAGUUAGAGGCAGUAGACAAAAAGAAUCCUUCCCUCAUGUGUGUGGCAACCAUUGCAGACAUGUUGGAUAAUCGACUGCUAGUUCAUUUUGACAACUGGGGUGAAAGCUAUGAUUACUGGUGUGAUGCAAGCAGUCCAUAUAUACGACCUGUUGGUUAUUGCCAAGAAACUGGAACUCUCUUAACAACACCAGCUGAAUACAAAGAUUUCAAAAGCUUCUCAUGGGAGAAAUACCUGGAAGAAACUGGUUCUCAGGCAGCACCAGCACGAGCAUUUAAACUGCGUCCAGCUCAUGGAUUUCAGAGUAACAUGAAACUAGAAGCGGUAGACAGAAGAAACCCCAUGCUAAUUAGAGUGGCAACCAUAAUUGAAAAGGAUGACUAUCGUGUCAAGGUGCACUUCGAUGGUUGGGAUCAUGCCUUUGAUUUUUGGGUUGAUUCUGACAGUCCAGAUAUUCAUCCCAUGGGCUGGUGUACCAAAACUGGACAUGCCUUGCAACUCCCACCAGGGACUUCCAAUGCAGCAUCAACCCCAGCAGGACAAGUAUGCCCUACUCCUGGAUGUCAGGGAUUGGGUCACGUCAGGGGACCCAGAUACGGAACUCAUUACACGUUAAUUGGCUGCCCUUAUUCCGAAGCCAGUCGCACUCGAGAGGGUUUGUUACAGGAUCGCCUUGGUGGAGAAAAACCAUCACCUGGUAGCGGUGCUCCCAAACCCAAGAAAUCUGACAUUUCAGCACAACUUACAGAUUUGCAAGAAGAUUCUCCACAGUCCAGAAAGUCAUCCACGCAAGAAGGAGAGAGGUCAGGGAGAAGCAGCGUUCAUAGUUUUUCUGAACAGUCUGAGACCAGCCAAGAGAAAGACUGGGCCGAAGGGGAAACCCCUACCAUUACUAAAAUCAAAGCGAAAGGGAUUGGCUGUUCACAUAGCUAUAUAAAGCUCCAGCUAGUGAAGCAAGAGGCCGAUGGAGAAAGAGACACCGCCUUUGCUCUGCAGCAGACCCUCCACCAGUCUGUCUUCAUGCCUUCCCUGUCUACCAAUCCGACCCACCGUCUCCAUCUCUGCUGGGAGCAGCACUGCAAACUGCUGCCGGAGGUCUCGGGCCUCACUGCUAAGAAUGUGGCCAAAUGGAGCGUGGAAGAGGUGGCUGGCUUCAUUCAGCGUCUGCCCGGUUGCAAAGAUCAGGCCGCUCUUUUUCGACAAGAGCAAAUUGACGGCGAAGCUUUUCUUCUCCUCAAUCAGUCAGACAUCGUUAAAAUCCUUAGCAUCAAACUGGGGCCUGCAUUGAAAAUAUACAAUGCAAUCCUCAUGUUUAAGACAGCAGAAGAAGACUGAUGGAGAGAUUUUCCUCUGGGCCAGAGCUGUGAAGGACCUCCCAAGUGCAGCUCGACAGCAAAGCGCCCAAUCUCCUGUUUGUUCCUAAAGACUGAGUUGAUUGGAAGCUCGGAAAGAAAGCGGACAGAUCGUUAUUUCACACGGUUGCGGAUAGAGAAUUCUGAAAGCAUUCUGAAAUUCAGUCCCGUCGGCAGCUUGGAACGGAUGCAAUGGCUUCCCUUCUAGGAAGAGAUGUUUAUUAUUAUUAUUUUUCCUAAUUGAAUUUGGAUAUGGUUAUAUUGAUCUUUUGUAAAGAUCUUGAUGAUGCCUCUAGUUAUAAGAGGAAUCCUGAGUAUUUCUAUUGAUGGGAAGCUAAGUUCAAAGCAAACUCACUUACCUAUUGUAGUGCCUAACAGAGAAUCUGGCUCACCAUUGGUGUUCUUCUAAACCUACAACUGGGUUUAAGAGAGUAAGGGAAAGAGUGAGAUACUUCAAAGUAGUGCAGAUGAAUUACUCAUCAAAGUCCUUUGUCGGUAGCCGGUUAGUUUUAAACCUUGUCCUUGUAUCUUGUUUAGCUAUUUAAAUAUUGGCAAUUAAUAUUUGAUGAAUUGGAGAAAUGAGGUCCAUCUCCAAGUAGAUUAAUUUUUCGGGUUAUUAUGCCUGUUUUGCACACUGCACAAUUUCAGAGUUCAAAAUAUUAAAUUAAAACUGUUAAACGAAGACCACUGGAUAUGGUUCCACUGGAAGGUAGACCAACUAUUUAAGUAUAGGAUCAGAGUAACAAAACUAUGAGACUAUGUGUUUUGUUUAGGAUUUUGUUUUUUGUUUUUUGAGGUUCCUAUCUUCCUGCAGGUCAGUGCAAGAUAGAAUGAGAUAUAUAAAGAGGCACAUCCAGCUUUGUCAUGAUAUGUAUUUCUAGCAAGAUUUAUGGAAGGUUUUGUAAAACAAGUACUAACAGUCCCUAUUUCUUUGUUUUUGGAAAGUACUGUUGUUUUACAAACAGGUAUAUUAGCUGGAACAUAAUCUCAUUUGAAGUCAGAAGGAGCGAAGCAUACUGGCCACAGAGCAUUGCCUGUCAUUUCAGUUGGGCUUUUGUCAGGAGUUUCUCAGGUCUUGCUGAAAUAUAAAAUAUAUUCCAUCUGCAUAGCAGUAGUGCCAGUUGUCCCAAGCUUUCAUAUUUUAUCCUUCCGAUAACCUAUGGAUCUAAAAAAGCCUUUUUGUGCAACAGUUCAGGGGAAAAAUAUGGAAAUGUUUUACCUCAACAUUGCUAUCACUCUCACAGUCUUGAGAACAAAAUCCAAUUAUUUUAUUCUGUAAGAGCAGGGUCUCCAAACUUGGCAACUGGAAGACUUGUAGACUUCAACUCCCAGAAUUCCCCAGCCAUCCAUGCUGGAUGGAAUACAUUUCACAUUUCCUGCUGGCUUGGGGAAUUCUGGGAACUGAAGUCCGUAAGUUGCCAAGUUUGGAGAUCCCUGUGGAUACUCUGUGGGAGAUUUUGAUAGAGCAGAGCCAUUUGGUUGGAUGAGAAAAUGAAAACUAAUGUAAGGCAUCAACAGAAUAUAGAAACGGACCAAUCUGGCAGAAGUCUUCUAUGGUCUUCUAAAAGGACAGCACAAUUUUUUGGGGGAAAAAAUGAUUUGUUUUGUCAUGAUGUUAGUUUUGUGCAAGUGAUAACUGAGUAAGUAUUCUUUACAUCUAACACUAUUCAGAUUUUUUUCCCCACUAACCACCUAUGCAUAACGUGGAACAAGGCAUUCUUUCUUAAUGGCACAUAACCUGCUAUUCCUAUGACACGUACAUUGAUUGAUCUGAUGUUUUGCAAGCAGGAAUUCUUGAAUUAAUCAAAUGAGGUCUUGUAUUUAUUUUGUGUGAUGCCACUUGUUGGUUGGGUGAACAUCGGUCUCAAAAAAGCUUUUGGGUAGCAUAGAAAUGAUGGUGUUCUACUGUGUCAUUCAUCCCUUUCUGAAGCUAACAAGGGAUGUAUGUUUUCUGGUGUGUUGGUGACAGUGCACUUUUGGUAAUUUGUCAUUGGCUUUACAAGUGAAUAUGAAAUCAGCCUUAUAAAUGAAUUUGAGAGAAAACAGGAAUGAUGUUGGCAUUUGAGUUACAACCUCUUCACAGCUAUCUCUGCUUCUGAUUUCCCAAAUUUGUAAGACUCCCUUCCUAAAAUCAAGGUGACACAAAAACAAUGUGGAAAUAUUGCACAAUCCAGGCUGCUGAAUCUGAACAAUAUUGAAUAAAUCUGCAGUGGCAAUAUGUCUCCUAUCUUUCUAUUUGUAUAUAAAUCAUUAAAAGAAUAUAAGCUUUAUCGUCACUGGUCACUUAAGGAAGGAUUAAGGAAAAGUCUCAAGAAGAAGAUGCUGAUAUGCCAUAUACCAAUAUUCUUCAACCGUGGCAGUUUGAAGAUGCUGGCUGGGGAAUUCUGGGAGUUGAAGUCCACAUGUCUUAAAAAUUGUCCAGUUUGAAAAAUUAGUGUAUUUUCAUGAAUUAAUGGCUUUAUCUAUAAUGUUAGAUCUUAAAAGAUGCUGAGGUUGAGAAACAUUGCCAUAGACAAAUGCACUGAACAGUAACCCUGCAGUAAUGGCUAAAAUUGUGGAAACAUUUUGGGAAAAAUGUAUUUUUGAGGUUUGGUGGCUAAAAAACACCACUUUUUUUUGGAGUUUCAAAAUAAUCCUAUUCUACUGCAGGAAUGGCCAGGGAAUAGCCCAGACCUUAACCCAAUUGAAAAUCUAUGGAGCCGACUAAAGAAACUUGUUAGUCAGAAGUGAUCCAGCAAUAAAACCCAGUUAAUAGAAGCAAUCCUUCAAUCUUGGUUUCACAUUAUAACAGCUGCAGAACUA